CUUUAAUCUUUGGAGUCGUUCGUAUGAGAGUGCGUUGAAGAAAGUCAAUGUGGUGCAGAGUCGUCAGCGUACUCUUAUUUGUUCCUUGGGCUAAGGGAGCAUGGAGUUUCGACCGUGUUGCGUUGACAACCGAGUCCUCCCCCCGCUACACAAUCCCGGAGCGAGCACUCCCAGCGGUAGCUUUGCCACACGAAAACAUUUCCACAACAGUGACUCGUCGACGGGCUCUUGUGCUGGGAACAUGUUUUGGGGGAACGACGUUUCUCGUCUCUCCACACGCAUCGUUGGCAUACGUUCCCGACCCGGAUAAGCUGCGCGAAUCGCUGUACUUGCUGAGUCGAGUCCAGGAAGCCACCGUCCAGCAAGAACGCUUGGCCUCCAACGGGAAACUCCAGGAGGAUCUGAAAUCUAAGAUGAAACUGUCGCUACGGCUCGUGGAGAAGUCGUACCGGAUACUGGAUCAGAUCAACUACGCAUCUCAAUUUGUAGAACCAUCCGAGGAAGUCGUGACGGCCACGGUUGCAGGGUACGCAGCGGCCGAGGCUUUGCAAAGCGCCAUUGAUUUCGUCCAGAACGAUUUGACCCGAGGACCCGUGACCGCUGACCAACGGGACCUUCUGAUAGAGGCCAUGAGAAGCACCCGCCACGAAAUCUCUACUUUUUUGUUUUUUAUGCCGCCCGACACGCUUGCCGAGGCGCGGUUGCGGGUGGAACGUGAAAACGUGGACAAUCGCGACGAAUUUGACGGCUCUGACGACGCCGGCAUAUACAAUCCGGUUCGACUACCGUGGAAGUAGCGUGU